AGCUCUGCUUCCCAUGCAGGAGAUGCAGCUUAAUUAACGUGGAAAAAUGCUAUUAGAGGCAAAUUGCCCUAAUGGCACAAAAGUCCCACAGGGCAGUGAUGCUGAGGGGAUAUCGAGGGAUGUGGGGCUGCCACCAUCUGGUGACUCCAUCGCAUCAGGCAGCCUGGGACCAUGGUUCUCCUGUCCUGUGUGGGGUUUUCAAGGCCAUUCUGACAUCAGGAGGUGUCGCUGCCCCUCCCCCUCCCCCCGUGGGCAUUCUGUACCCAACCACGCACCUGGAAGCCAUGGAGACACGGAUGGACCGCAACACGGCUGCAGCCAUAGCCAUCCAGGCGUGGUGGCGAGGGCAGCUGGUGCGGAGGUCACUGCUGGUGGCAGCCAUCAACGCACGGCGCAUCCAGGAUUGGUGGCGACGGGUGAACAGCCAACGGAAGGAGCAGCAGCGCAUGUGGGCGCUGGCAGAGUACAUCAGGAUGGAGCGAGCCAUUGUCCUGCUGCAGGCUCAGGCCCGGGCGUGGGCGAUACGGACAGAGUACAAACGCUGCCGAGAGGCUGCCCGAACCAUCCAGACCUACUGGAGGAAGUACAUGCAGCGCCGGGCUGAAAGCUGCACCGAGGAUGUGGAUCUACACAUUGAAAUUGUCCUGGGCGUUCCGGGUGACUGUGGAGCCCAGAGUGAAUAAAGCACCAUCCCCAUGGAGGGAUGGUUGUUCAUAUGGA